GCUGUGACAGAAACAGCAUCGUUUAAUGCAGGAUCCUCGUGGGUCGAAGGGCAAACAUGACGUCGGCCUCCGUUCCUCAGCCGCGAAGUUUUGCCUCGGAAACUUUGUUUCCGCGUAGAACGGAGGAGCAGAAGGACGCAUCGUAUCAGGUUUAGGCCAGAAUACCAAACGAUUACUUUGUCUUGUUGGUAUCCUGACUUGGGCAGAGCGUUAUAGGGUAAGAACGAAGAAGCUGAUGUUUCAGAGGUACUUACUGCCUCUGUCAUCAGGGCGAUUAGCGAUCAUUAAUUACACGGUGGAACAUUCCAGAAAACAGCCGUCUUGUUUUCUUUCAGUCAGUUUGUUUUUCACGUAACGCGAUAAAGAAACUUGUUCGGGCUGUAAGUGGCGUUGAAUCACGUGGUUUUAUCUGCUGUUUGUGUAGCGUAUAUCGCGGAUUGAAGGCAGCUGACUGUACGCCCUUAUCGAACCCAGGGACUCUGUCGCCGGAAUCGAGACGAAGUAGACAGACGCUGUUAUGUGCCAUCGGCGGUAAUAACAGUAACUUUCACUCCCCGUGGAAUGGCAAACAGCUCUUGUGCCGAUGGUCGGUCCAAACUUCACAGAACAUGCAGUUUUAAAAAGUAGUUUAGUUGGUUUAGUCGUUGUUUCACUGCGAAUCGCAAGUUUUUCGUGACAAAGCAUUUACGCCUGAAAGGCAUGAGGGAAGGAAGUGAACUAUUGGGGAUAUCACAUAGCGAGGGGCUUCGCCAAAUUUGAACUCCCUGUUUACGAACAGCCAUGUAUGGCACAGGUCAGGUUCCGAAAGCCAUUAAGUUACAUGACCGGGCAGACCGUUCUACAUUUAACGCUCUAAACCUCAAUAAAAUGGCAUAUCCCAUAUCAGGAAUUCACGUGGUCCUGAUUGCUACAAGUGACACGACUGGACGUGUCCUUUACAGAAGAAAUAUUUUUGAGCGGCGAGGAGUGCGUCACAAAUGACAUUAACUAACAUUGACCGUGUUUUGAAGUAGCGUUCCCAAAAUCCGUCUUGAGAAACGCAUUUCGAGCCAUCUUCAUAUGUGGGGGUCUUCAAAUUCGUGCGCUGAGAUGUGGAAUUUCGCUUGCUACUCGCUUCUUCAGGCACCGUCUUCUCGAUCGAUUCUGAUUCCUCUGGCUGACUGACACAAGUGCAGCCGUCAGUCCGAAAUGUCUGUGCAGUAAUUGAAUCAACUACUUUUGUCAGAUUUCUGUGGGGAAAACUGUCUCGCGUCCAAGCACAGUUGUUUGGGGUGUAGAAAGGUGACAUUUACGUAUGAUUCGACCGUCUGGAAUGUUGAUCUGCGCGCGUUAUGCAGUUUAGCAGCUGUCUGAGAACCCCUUCAAAAACGUUCAGAUCGUACGCCUCAAAUACGCACUUUUUUGCUCACAGCCAAAAUCCGCGUUGCAUUUUUACGCUCUGGCGUGGGAAGUGAUCUAGUUUUCGUAUCUAAAAUAAUAAUCUCAUAGUAAAUUUGUACUUCGUCUUCGCCUUGUGGUUGAGCAUAAAUAUUUGUUAAAAAUUGUCCUUGAUAAAAACAGGAAGCCAGAAAAUAGCCACGGCCAAACCUGCCUGGAGCUCCCGGUUGAACAAUUCUGUAAUGUAUAAUCGCCUUUUACAGCAGAGCUAAUGGACUUCCUUCACCAUUAAGCCAAAUAAAGUAAUCCAGAUUCAUGCGGUUCGAAACUUCCUAAUAUGGGCCCUGGCCCAUUUAAGGGUCUCACGGGGAGGGGGGGCCGUAAUAGGCUCGCGGCACGACGAACCUGAUCAGGCUUAAAGUCAAACCAUUGCAUUCAGAAUUACCGAAUCAAGUAUCGAUGUAAAUUGUCUUCAGAUAUUUAGGCCUGUGUAAAGUAGGAAGAUCCAGUGGAAAACAUUCCGAAGCCGCCGAUCCCCCACUUUGAGCAACUGUCUACUUCCGGUCUUCUGCUGUUGUUGGGACUUGUGAGCAUUCGGAGGAUUCGGUGGACUGGGCGUGAGGCUAGUGCGAGGGACAGAAGAAAUGCUUAAGGAAUUUUUUUGUUUGUUUUCCGAAACAGCAGAAAACGGCAACUUGGAGGACCGAGAGAGAGAUGUGAGGGAGACGCAAAGAAGAAUCUCAGUCAAGAAGAGACGCGGGGGACAAGCAACUGCCUCGCCCGGAGGGAGAGCCUCUUAUCGACGACGUCCUGGUGGUGACGGUGGACGGCAAACCGCACUGGGGCACCCCGGUAUUGAGGCAGGUCGUGGCGGCCGCAGGGCCGAUGGCGGCCAUCAUCAGCUCGGGCAUUACAACAGGCUUCUCAGCCGUCUUACUGCCCCAGCUUCAGGCCCCGGACAGUACCAUCACCGUUACUGAGGAUGAAGCCUCUUGGAUCGCGAGCAUCGCGGCGCUGCCCAUGGCGCCGGGAUGUGUUCUGGGCGGUCUGCUCAUGGAGCGGCUGGGCCGACGCGCCGCCCACCAAGUCGUCUGCGUGCCCCAUAUCCUGGGCUGGGUUCUCAUCUCGGUGGCCCGGAACGUCCCCGCGAUCUAUGUCGGUAGGUUCCUCACCGGCCUGUGUCUUGGCAUGAACGGUCCGUUGUCGCCCGUGUUCAUCGCCGAGACCUCUGGCCCCGAGUUCCGCGGCGUGCUGCUGGCCAUGGUCUCCCUGGCCGUCGCCAUCGGAAUUCUCGUGGGGAACUUCCUGGGUACCGUUCUCAGCUGGCAACUCGCCGCUGCCAUCAGCGCCGUCUUCCCUCUCGUCUGUUACGUAGGCGUGUUCUGGGUGCCCGAGUCACCCGUGUGGCUGGCUGCGAGGGGGCGGCACGCCGAAGCAACGGCUGCUUUCCGGUGGUACCGCGGGUGCUCAGCGGAUGUCGUCAAGGAGUUGACGGACUUGCUGGGCAAACACGCAGCGGAGCGCCCGAGACAGACCUGGGCGGACCUGUGGGGCGAGGUGUGCAAGAUGUCGUUCCUGAAACCAUUCUUCGUCAUGAUCGUCUUCUUCCUCGUGAUGCAAUGCAGUGGCGUGAACGCAGUGUCCUUCUACACCGUGAGCAUCCUGGACGGGGUCGGGAGCGGGAUGGACUCGUACGUGGCGACCAACGUCAUCGGACUCGUGCGAGUGGUCGUGUCCGCGGUGGGGUGCAUCCUCACGCGCCGGUUUGGCCGCCGCCCGCUGGCCGUCAUCUCGUGCCUGGGUGCCGGGGCGUCUCUGCUAGGCCUCGGCGCAGCCGGCCCUGGCUGGGUACCUCUCCUGCUCCUGAUGGUCUACAUCUUCUUCAUGGGCAUCGGCCUAGUGCCGCUGCCCUGGGUCAUGGUGGGCGAGGUGUUUCCGGCAGCCGCGCGAGGUCUCGGCAGCGGCUGUUCCUCCUGCUUCUGCUUCGUCGUCUUCUUCGCGGUCGUGAAGACCUUGCCCGCUCUCGCCGCUACUGUCGGCAUUCAUGGAGCUUUCUACGCGUACGGCGCGGUGGCGCUAGGGGGCGCCGUGUUCCUGUACGCCUUUCUGCCCGAGACCAGGAACAGGACGCUCCAGGACAUCGAGGACGGGUACAGCAGGGCAAACAACAACAACAACAACAGGCUUGCCUGACGGGGACUCGCUUUCAAAUUCUGUGCUGGGUUUUCAUCAUCCGCAGCAAAGAUCAUCGGAAUCCUGGUCGUAAGGAAGAGAAGUGCGUUCUGUACGCCAACUGAUUUUGUGCGUCAAUUGAUGUAUCACGUGACAAACCGGCCAGAAAGUUGUAAACUAUUUUAAGCUUUCUAUGAGGACGAAUCAUCCAUUACAUGCCUACCUGAUCACCUGUAAUUAUAAAUAAUAGUAAUAAUAAUGACAAUAAUAAAUGGUCUCUCCA